UUGCAUUUUAGGUAUAUCGAAUUAUUUUCGGCUGCCGAUGUGCCGAUUGCGCAGAAAUACGUUACGUAUAGACGAAUUGGUGGUACAGCCAGAGGUACUAUAGGUGCAGCACCAUCGCUCGAUCGUAUUGGUUUCCAUUCGCUCGAAGAUUGGGCCGAGAAAAAUGCAUCAGCCAUGCGUACGCAAGGAAAACCACUGCCGCUUAGUCGUACUGAUGGCAUUGCACCGUAUGCAUCUGGAUAUCCGGCUUCAUCGCUGGAUGCUGCUAAUCCAGGAUACAAUGCCAGUACGAGUUUUAAUGCCAGCAGCAGUAGCAGCAACUAUCCCACAACUGGACAACAGUUUUCUUCAUGGAUGGAGGCGGCGGCUUUGUUACUUGGAUGGCUUUUGGUGGAGUUUGUUGAAGCUAUGUAUUAUACGAGAGGUAACACCACUGCUACCUACCAACGUUGGCUUGUUUUCCUUCUUCAGCAAGGGCAUAUUCCGAUUCCGAAUUUGCAAUGCACGCAGUAUUUGUUUUGCUCGGAACGUGAUCGCGGACGAUGGCUGGAGAAGCGUCGCAUUUACAAAGAGCUCGUUGCACUCAGAAAAAGACCAUUCGUGAAUAUGUACUAUUUUAAGUAA